AUGCGUCACCAGAUUGAGCUGCAACCAUACAUUGCCCUGCCGAAGUUGCUCGAUUACUGCAAGGAAAAUGGCACUCACUUGAGUGCUUACUCGCUGCUUGACUCGCAGGAUAGUGACUUGCUGCAGGACAAGACUAUCUUGUCUAUUGCGGAGCGGAGAAGCACGUUGUCGAUGCCGGUCGUAUGCUCAUUGCACGGGCCUUGGAGCGAGGCACUUCAAAUCAGUAACGCUGUCGCGCAUCCGCGAUCACUCCAGGCACAGGAUGUCAAGCUGUCUGAAGAGGACCUCAAGGGCCUCGCCAAGCUAGACAAGACCCUGCGCAAAUCAGAAUUGUAG